AUGUCUUCAGAGGUCUCGCCAUCGGGAAUCAGCACCAAUCCGCAAACAGGUGAACGCUUCAUCCCUUCAUCCGUCCGUGCUGAUGGCUCCGUCCGCAAAGAACUCCGAGUGAGACCCGGCUACAAGCCAGAUGAAGAUAUCGAACGCUAUAAACCUCCAGGAGCAAGAUCAACCGGCCGAGAGCCUGAGACACAAGGCGAGUCACUUCCAGCCAAGGAGAUCCAUGGCCACAAUAGUCAAAGCGGAGCUGAAACAAACACUGUCAUCAAUGAAACCCUCACGGAUUCUGAGGUCCCAGGACAGCCUUUGAAGACAAGCCAAACCGAAAUGGCUCCUGCAGACACCAACAUGGACGCUUGCAAGGACAAAGUUGGAGCUUUGUCGGUCAGAGGGGACAGCGCUAAAUCGCCUAGAGCAGCUCGAAGAUCCAAGAAGGCCAAGAAAAAGGCCAAGGCAAAUGGCGACCCUUCGGCGGUUACCAACAAGGAUGCUAUGCAUCGGGAUCUUCCUCUGAGGCUCAAGAAACCUGCCAAGACGGGUACCACUGCCGAAUACAAGGCUGUGGAGCCAAGCAGGUCAAUCACCCCUCCAUUAAACAAUGAAAGACCUGAAACUGAGGCUGGCUUCACAGCUCAAAGCACCAUGACCCACGAGGCAGACCAGCCCGCCACAGAAGAUCUCGUCGACGAAGGACAGGAGUACAAACCGAGGUCACUUCCUGAGAAAAAGAGGGGAAGGGAGGAUAUGUCUGAGAAGAUACCGACUCUGUCUGAGAUGCGCAAGAUGGUUCAGAACAUGCCCACCAUGACAACCUUGGGAUUCAACCUACCUAGAUCCCACAAGUCCAGAAAGGCAGACACCUGCCAUGCCUCGUAUUACAAAUUACGCAGAUCUAGGAGGAAGGUGACCUGGAAGGUAACUCCAGCCUCGGAGCCAGAGCAAUGGUUUGAUGCCCAAACCACUCCGGAAGGUUGA